AUCCUUAGUAUUCAAGCGAAUUUUCACAUUCACAGACCUUAUAAAAUACCCGUAAAUUGCUAACCGGUUGGCUUCCAAAUUAUAUUUCUACUGAAAAUUAUUCGGUUUUGUAUACUUUGUUAAUCCAACUGCUAACACUUUGCAUUGCUGUUCGUGCUUUUAACCAAUAAGGCAAAUUAAAAUGAACCGACGCGUAGACAACAGGGGAAAGCCGGUGACUGCAAUGCUGCAAAUGCAGGAGGUGCAUCGCGAUCGAACCCAGGUGGUGGAGCUGAAGAAGACCUCGUACUUGCCCUAUCUGUUCAACCUGGUCUUGCCGAAGUCGUUCUACCAGAGCUCCAACCGCAUGGUGGUGGCCCGGCUCUAUCCCGAUGUCCAUGAGCACGACAAGCAGGCAGCCGAAUACUUCGAGGGCUUUCACGCGCCCUGCUUUGAGAUGCCCGCUUCCCUGUUCCCGGGUGAGGUUCCAAUGGACAAGUUCGUCUUCAUGCCCACGGUCAUGUUGCCCAUGGGCUUCGAAGCCGGCGGGAUUUUUGGCCCUGGUGUCCUUCCACGGCGUUCCUAUCCCAUCGACCUGAUGGGUCACAAGGGUCAAACCCCUCCGCUGUUCGUCGGUCUGCGCAGCCAGUAUGUCAAGCUGAAUUCGGAGGUCGAGUGUUUCCUGGACAACGCGGGCGAUCACCCGGCCAGCCAUGACGCAGUGGACUGUGGGAUGCAUCCUUGCAAGCACUCUCCAAAACAGUCCAAGGAACUGAUGCAUAGCAAUAAUUUCUCCUUGUCGAUAGCAUACAACAUGCCGGCUCCACCGACUCCACCGUCGCCCUAUCCAUUUCGUCCUGUCCCGGUGCAGUACAACAUAUACACCCCGGAUCUGUCCAAUGUCCACAUGCUCAUGCUGCGGCAGCGCAACCUGACGGUGGCCUUGCUGUCCACCAUAAACCAUCCGCAUGUUCCCGCCGUGGCACUCGCCACCAUGGGCGAUGAGGAGUGCCCCAAGUUCGAGCUGCCCAGCGAUGUCUUCCCCAUCUGUGAGGGCGUCAAUCGCCCCAUCUUUCUGCCCAAGCGUUUCUUGCCCAAGGGUUUUGAAGCCGCCUGCGUCUUCAAGCCGGCCAGUCUUUCGGAGCUGUGGUUCGUCAACUACAUAGGUCGAUACGGCACUCCACAGCCGCAGCACAACUGUGCCAUCCCACCACCGCUGUUCGUGGGCAAGUACCGCCGCGGCUCGAAGGCCGUCAAUAUUCUGAAGGAAAUCCAGCUGGAGUGCGAAAGGAAUCUUUCCCAAAGUGCUCAGUCCAUGGAAGGGGCAUCGCUUCAAGCUGACGAGCCUAAGACGCCCCACUUUCUCAUUACCCAGGGCUUCAUGGUAUUGGAAACGGAGCAGCAGACACCUCCAAAGGGUGCUUACUGCUUGGAGAGCUACCAGGAGGCCAGUGAGAAGGGAUGCGUUGUGAAGGUCACCAAGGAUGAGGACACCGAAUCCGCUGACACUCAAGAAAAGGAUGAGUUACAUCCCAUUAAAGUGGAAACGGAACCGGAGGACAGAGGCGAAGCGGAGGACAGGAAGAAGUACCUCUCGUGCUUCAAAGUUGAUAGCGACAUUGAUCUGAUAACCGAGGCCAUCGCCGACAUGGGCUCCGCCGAGAUGAGACUGUUGGCCACGGAGGAGACACUGCCCGGAGGCGAUGGUGCACGCGCCUUGGAUCAGCUGCGCCAGGUGCUCGAGGGUCGCAGCCAGAUCCGCAGCGAAACCGACCAGCUGAUCCAGGAUCACAUCUACAGGAUGGAUCGCUAUCGCAUGCUGGCCCUGCGCCAGCCGAUUCGCAUGUGCUCCGGAUGCGGCAUGCUGCACUAGAUGCAUUUUCAAAAUGUUUACAUUUCAAUUUCAAUAUAUAUGUACAUUUUGUAA